AGCUUGUUGCAAUGCAUGACACAAGUUUAACCAGAGGCAACCUCGCGUCUUUCCAGGGAGACUGUUGGAUUGGCAAUGAUGUCGUUGAUGCAUUUUGCCGAAUGUUGCAAUUCGACGAUUAAUCAAGGACAAAACUAUUUCUCUCCCCCUACAUAGCUGAAAUGGUGAUGCGUUCCAAUGCAAAACAUUUGAUGCACGAUGCAAUUAUUGCGCGUUUCGAUCCAUAUAUGUAUGCCUUUGAUGGUUCGUAUCAGAAUGUUACUCAGGUCUACUUACCAGUCCUUUUCAAAAACCAUUGGACACUUUAUGUCUAUGACUUACAUAACAAACGAAUCCAGCUCUUGGAUUCUCGGCCUGGAAGAAAAAGGAGUUGUAUGAGUGGAAUACAACAAAAUUUGGCCAAGGUUGUUCUAUGGCUUGUUGCCAACAAGAAAGAAAUGGUUGCUGUAGACUUGAACAUGUACAGUUUUGUCAUGCCAAACGUACCAUGCCAACCAAAUGACAAUGACUGCGGCAUUUUUGUUAUGAAAUUCAUGGACAACUGGUCCAAUGGGGGACUCUCCAAAUCCAUCGAUGUGGCCAAGAUUAAGAAGUAUAGAUUGAAGCUACUGGGCAGAUUAUUGCUUUCAUCACAUAAUGCACAUCGGCAUCGAUUUAUGACAGUUUGAGUUACACUUUUCAAUAGGAUGUG